AAGAAUGCUUUCUUAUAUGGUGAUCUAUAGGAAGAGGUGUAUAUAGAGCAACCUCCUGGUUAUGUUGCUCAGGGGGAGAAUAAAGGUCGUGUGUCGCUUACACAAGCUAUCUAUGGACUUAAACAGUCCCCUCAGGCAUAGCUUGACAAGUUCAGUGCUACCGUAGUUACUUGUGGAUUUUCUUAGUGUUAUUCUGAUCAUUAUGUCUUUGUUCGUCGCAGAGGUGAUAAACUGGUGGUAUUGGUAGUUUAUGUUGAUGAUAUUAUUUUUAUUGGUAAUGAUGAGGCAAGAAUUUCUGAAGUGAAGGCUUAUCUAUAGCAACACUUUCAGACCAAGGACUUGGGCCAACUUCACUAUUUUCUUGGGAUUUAAGUGAUCCGAUGCAAGAAAGGGAUCAGUCUGUCUCAAAGGAAAUAUGUGUUGGACCUUUUAUUUGAUACUGGUAUGCUUGCAUCUAAACCUGUUGAUAUCCCUAUGGAUCCUUACCAAAAGUUUGGGGUUAAUGAUGGCGAACCUCUCCAGGAUGUGCAUCAGUGAACGAGUUUGAUUGGCAAGUUUAUUUAUCUUACUGUGACUCAUCCUGACAUCUCCUAUGCUGUUGGAGUCCUCAGUCAGUUCAUGCAGUCUCCUCAGAAAGUACAUUGGGACGCGGUUGUUCGGGUUCUUCGCUACCUAAAGGGUGCUCCUGGAAAAGGGUUGAUCUAUCGUCCUAAUCGGCAUAUGGAACUAGUUGGCUAUUCUAACGUUGAUUGGGCUGGCUCUACUAGUGAUCGUAGGUCCACUACGGGUUAUUGCGCGUUUGUUGGAGAUAAUCUGGUUACAUGGCAUAGUAAGAAGCAGAUUUCCAUUGCCCGAUCUAGUGCCAAAGAAGAAUACAAAGCCAUGGCUCAUACCACUGCUGAGUUGAUGUGGCUCCGGUCUUUACUCUUGGAGUUGGGAUUUCCAAUGACUAAGCCUAUGAAGAUGUAUUGUGACAACCAAGCUGUGGCGUACAUUGCUAGUAAUCCGGCCUUCCACGAGAGGACCAAACACAUUGAGGUGGACUGCCACUUCGUUUAUGAUGCUGUUCUAAAGAAGUUGAUUGAGACCCCUUUGGUUCCUUCAUCUUAUCAGUUGACUAACAUGUUUACCAAGUCUCUUUUUGCUCCUAGUUUUUGUAAUAGUUGUACCAAGCUGAGCAUGGGUGAUGUGUAUGCUCCAACUUGAGGGGGAGUGUUGAGUUUAGCGCUAGUCCCGAUAGGGGUUUUGUGCUAAUUCCCAGACCGAUAAGGGCAUUUCUGUCCUAUCGGUUUUAGUUAUUGUGUUAGGGUUCUGCCGUAUGGUUGUGCCGUUGUGGGGGUAUUUUUGUACUCUUUUUUAUUUGUGUUUUAUUAUAUAAAACAGAGACUAACCUACGAUCAUUCUAUUCUGGACUGAUUGCAGGUUACUCCUCUUUUUGGGAGUCUUUCAAUCGCAUCUCUCUCUCUCUUCUCUUCUUUUCUCUUUUCUCUAGUUUGAUUACAGGUAUCUGAGAUUGUAACAAAGGGUAUACAAAAAUUUGGUUACAAGCAAAGCCAGGCUGAUCAUACCUAGUUUUUCAAACAUUAGGGGAAUAAGGUUAUUGGUACUCAUCGUGUAUGUUGAUAAUAUAGUGGUUACAUGUAGUGAUGAUACAAAAAUCCCCAAGGUAAGAGCCCAAUUAGCCAAUGAGUUCGAGAUUAAGGAUUUGGGACCUCUCAGAUACUUCCUAGGAAUAGAAGUUGCCCGAUCUAGCAAUGGUAUCUUUAUUUCCCAGAGGAAGUAUGUGCUAGACCUUCUCAGUGAGACUGGCAUGCUCAAAUGUAAACUGACAUAAACUUCUAUUGAGGUCAAUCAUCAUCUCAGUGGCAAGGGUGGUGAUCCGGUAGAUAGAGAAAGCUAACAGAGACUUAUUGGAAGAUUGAUAUAUCUCUCUCUCAUACUCAACUAGAUAUUUCUUAUGUUGUAGGGAUUGUUAGCUGGUUCUUACAUGAGUCAUAGACUGCUCAUCUCGAUGUAGUAUAUCGGAUUUCGAGAUAUUUGAAAUCAGCCCCUGGAAAGGAAUCAUUUUUUUCAACGAUGACAAUUUGAAGCUAGAAGCCUUUACUGAUGCUGCCUGGGCUGGUUCCAUAAUGAUCGGCAUUCUACUUCAGGAUACUACACAUCUCUUGGAGGAAAUCUAGUCACUUAGAGGAGCAAAAAGCAACCAGAUCCAAUGCAAAAGCAGAAUACCGAGCAAUGGCACACAGAGUCUGUGAGCUUGUGACCUAGGGGUGACUGUUGAAGGGCCUAUGAGACUCUAUUGUGAUAACAAGGCUGCAAUCAAUAUAGCUCAUAACCCGGUCCAGCAUGAUAGGAUCAAGCAUAUUGAGAUUGACGGACACCUCAUCAAAGAGAAGCUCGAGCAAGGCUCAAUUUGCAUUCCGUUUGUUACCUCCGACUCUCUGAGAAUCAGUUAGUUGUAUUCACAAAGGUUUUUAAUUGUAAGGUGUUUCAUCCUAUUGUAUGCAAGUUGGGCUUGAGAGACAUAUAUACACCAACUUUAAGGGGAGUGUCAAUGUCUAGAUUCAUUGUUUGUGUCUAGGUUUGAUGUAAGUUAGGAUAAGGACUGUGACUCAACCUUACCUAACAUAUCAUAUUAUCAUGUUUGUAAUUCCUUCUAUAAAUAAAGGUUGCCUCUGUCAAUUUAGACAAGACAAAUCAUUCUCUCAUUUUGUGGCUCUCAACUGUUUCUGUUGCACUAUCAUAGGCACUCUAGUUGAAUAGGAAGUAUUAUCGUUAAAACACCUUCAAUGCUUCAGCACACCAUAGAUAUCAGGCAACAACUCUACAAGGGUUGUGCACCACGUGGCUACUGCAGUCCCUGUUGACAAAUACUGUUGACAAAUACAGUCACGCUCAUCACCAACAUGCACUUUCCAAAAUCACUAAAAUCAAGCACGGACUGUGGUAGAUUGCACAUUCAUAAAAAUGUAUGAGCAUCACUAAGUUUUGAACUUGAAAUAAGCAGAACUCAACUUUGGGUCUAUACAGACCAUGCUGUAAAUCUGUCUUAGAAAACACUGUGUCGAUCACUACACAGUGGUUUCAGGUGAAACCACCUUUGGUUGAAAAAGAGAAAAACAAUUCAGAUAGCACCAAUUAGGGUCAAACAUGUCAGCACUCUAACUGGACCGAUUUCAUACCUUCAGAUUUUUUUGUUAUAUUUGAAGAGAUGUUAUAAACUAUAAUAACAGCUGAUUUUUCAUUUAUUAAACUUGAUCAAAACCAAUCUAAAAUUCAUGUUCAUAUACCUCCUAGUGAUGGUUGAGUCAAACUCCAAACUUGCCAAUGCAACUAUGGCUCUUUAGCCAUAUGGACUGACAAAACUAUUUAAAUUAAGCCUCCUUAUUGGGUUUACUUUCUCCUUGCUCUGGUACCAAGUUGCUUUGGAUUGACCGGGUAGCUUAGGAGGAGGAUGAUAAGAAGGAAAAGAAGGCAGGAGAAGUGAGAAGAAAAGGUGAGAUAUGUGUAUGUCAGCCAUACCCCUCACCCUGACAUAUUGCAAUAUAAUACAAAUUGACUAGAACGCCUCGGGUUCUAUUAUAUAUACUUCCCUUUUACAUCCUUUCAUAUAAACACAUCAACAUGUACAUAAAGUACUAUUACUUCAUGGAACAGAUCAGCUCUGAAAUAGAGACCCGUGCCGUGCCCUUUUAGACCGAUCAUCUUGUUCACAUACAUUUGUCUAUCGACUCAUUUUCACUUAAAAAUUAGUCAUGGUCAAAAUUUCUAGUAUCUCAGUUAGCUUCAUUUUAAUGGUUCUGUAUGCAGGUGGGGAUGGCUGCAACCCUUGCAGGAGUGUGUCAGGUACCUCUUACUGCAGUUCUCCUCUUAUUUGAGCUGACACAAGAUUAUCGGAUAGUUCUACCCCUGCUGGUUGCAGUGGGGUUGUCUUCUUGGAUUGCAUCUGGACAGACAGGGGAAAGGAGUUCUGAUGACAAGAGAGCUGUCUUAGAAGGAAAGGCUGGCCUGAGGGAACAACCUGAAAUAACUCUUUUGGAUUCAAGUAUGCCAUCUUCUGGUUCUUCACUUUCUGGGGAAGCAUAUCUUCAAACUGACCUGUGUGAACUUGAGAGUUCACUCUGUCCAGAUGACUCUGUUAUUGAAUCCAAAGAUUUAAUCGCAAGGAUUUUUGUUUCACAAGCCAUGCGAACAAGAUACGUGUGCAUCCGAAUGAGCACUUUGCUGACAGAUACAGUGACACUCAUGCUAGCAGAGAAGCAGUCUUGUGCAAUGAUAGUCAAUAAUGACAACUUCCUGAUUGGAUUCCUGACUCUUGGAGACAUUCAGGAGUUCAGCAGAUUAGCUGAAAUAAGAAAUGGGCAAACUGAGGUUCAAAAGCUUCCAGUAUCUGAAUUGUGCCGUUUGAAUGGCGGGAAAUGUAUUGUCCUUUGUACAGCAACGCCAGACAUGAAUCUUCUCUCUGCACUUACAUUGAUGAAUAAGCAUGGUGCGAAUGAAAUUCCAGUUGUUUCGGAACAUGUGGAAGAUCACAGUGGGUACCCAAUUGGUCUCUUGGACAGAGAAUGUAUCAGUCUCACUUGCAGGCAUUCUUACCUACUUCUCUUAUUGGUGUUCUAUAGAAUUACUGUGUAUUAUUGUGCCUGGUUUGUGGGCGUGCUGGACCCUCCUUUCUCUUUUUUUUUUUUUGUAGUGGUAGUUUAAGUUUGACCACUUACAAAAGAAAGCAUGUUUUUUAUUGUGCCGUACCCAUUUCUGUUCCUGUGACAGGUAACUGACCCGUUUUCUUUUUUCCGUGGCUCACCUUUGCAUUUUUUUAAUGUAGAGCUGUAGCAACCAGAGAAUUUCUGUGUCUGUCCUCUGUACCUGGAAGGCAGCGACCUAAUACUUCGGUGGAUGCACUGUGAAGUGAAGCCUCUGUGUCUGAGCUUUUUGCAAUUCUCUGCAUCUUAAUAGAAAUUU